AUUGUGCUGGAAAUACUUCAGUAAACAUGGAUAGAAGUGUCAGUGUGCCACACCAACCGAAUAAAACCACUACGGUAACUUUGGUGGAGACCAGCAGUAACCCGAGUGGAAUGGUUCUGGUGAGUCCUUACCAGACUAACCGGGUUGGAGAUCCUAUGGAUCUGGUUUCUCUGGCACAGCAAGUGCAGAAGGGAGAUGAGUUUAUCAGAGCCAACGCCUGCAACAGACUUACAGUCAUUGCUGAUCAAAUAAGAUACCUUCAGGAGCAAGCAAGAAAGGUUUUGGAAGAUGCUAGGAAAGAUGCUGAGCUUCACCACGCUGCCUGCAAUGUUGUGAAGAAACCAGGAAACAUGUAUUAUCUUUACAUGCGUGAAUCGGGACAGCGGUACUUCUCCAUUUUGUCUCCACGGGAAUGGGGUGCCAGUUGUCCUCACAAGUUUCUUGGCGGAUACAAACUCCAACACGACAUGUCUUGGACACCUCAGGAAGACGUUGAGAAACGGGACGCUGAAAUUGGCAUCAUGGACAAACUGUUAAAUAGACAGACUGCUCUGCCAGCCUGCACAGAGCCCAAUUUCGAAGGCCUUUCACAGUGAGAGAACAUAGAACACUCAUGAACAAUCUUAAAUAAUGACCACCUGGUUUUAAAAUAUACGAGUUGUUUGUUAAUAUACAACACAAAUUAAAUUCAAAUUCAUUUUUUCAGAA